AUGAAGUUCCACGCCGCCGCUCUCCUCCUCGCCGCCACUGCGCGCGCCGCCGCCGUCGAGGCCUCCGACUUCUCCGACCUCGACGCCUUCCUCGCCAACGUGCCCACCUCCGCCCUGCGCGCCGCACAAUCCUCCAUCGCCGCCGGCGUCCAGCCCACCACCACCGCGCCCACGGCCGCCGACACCUCCGCGGCCGCCGCCCUCGAGGCCGCCGACGACGGCCUCCCCUCCGAGUCCGAGAUUGACGCGCUCAUCGCCAGCGCGGCCGCCGAGUUCGGCUCCGCCCAGACGCCCAAGAACGUGCCGGGCGCGGUGGCCGCGCGUGACGCGGCCACGGUGACGGUGGACCCAGAGGCCGCAGCUGCGGCUACGGAGGCGCUCAAGGGGCUCGUGGCCGCGGUGGACGCGGUGAAGAGCAUGGCCGCGGUGACGGCUGCUUCGGCCGCGACGACGGCGACGGGAGGGUUGGUGGUGGAUGGGCGCAACAGCAGCAGCGCCAGCGCGACGCCCACGGCGGUCUUGACGGCGGCCGCGCCGCGCCACGCCGUCAGCGGGCUUGCCAUCGCGGGCAUGCUUGCCGCCUACCUCCUGUAA